UGCAAAGAAGUUCUGAAUUAUACUCGCAGCCAAGUUUGAAAUGGAGCCGAAAAAAAGGAGUUCUUCGUAUGCCAAAAGAAGGAGGAACCCGAAAGUCGAUUCUUCGGACUCGGAGGCGGAAAUGCAAAUCCGCGCCGGACUGCGCGUUCCCGCGAAUCGUUCGCAGUCGAUACCCAGGAAGUACAUAUCCAAGAAUCAGUUUGAUCGCCAAGUCCGUUCCGCUGUGGUGGAAGCCUUCAAUGAUUGCAUGAACGAAGCCCGUAGAUCUCGGUCUGUGGAUGAGGCGGGAAGCCGCCGGAAACGCCGUCACCGGAGGUCAGACAGGGGCAAAGAAAGGGAAGAAAGCGAGGAAGGGGAAGAAGGAGGAGAUGGGGUGGGUCAACGCAAUCGUCAGCGCACCGCAGCCGUAGAAGGUCGUGGCGCCAAUCUCACGGAUCGAGCCAAGAACAAGUCAGUGAAGAAACCAGCUUUGGAGAUCUAUCAUGAACGUCCUGUAGUGGGAAUCCAAGGAAAUUAUCAGGCGGAAAACCCGGUAGGAGGAACAUUUAAGAUAGUCCUAAACAUGAUAAGUAAAGUAGUUAAGGGCCUGACCAACCUGAUCAUCUUUAUAUCCGUCUUGAUCAUGAAUUCGAGAAUUGUGCCGGCCAUAAAACAAAACUUGGCCCGAAUUCCCAAGUGCCCAACUUAUGGGCUUAUAUUCCUUGGUCUAUUCGUGUGCUUUCUCCUGACUUGGUCCUAUGAGGUUGGCGAACCACUGGUGAGGAUUCGAGAGGCUUGGGCCGUUUUAUCCAAGAAGCCCAGCCGUUCUUGGUGGAACCUUUUCUAGGUACACCAAGUAUCACACAAACACUCUAAGGCAAAAUUCGAAAUUUUUUCUUUCUCAUU